UGAGUUUGCGUCAUUGCGCGCGCACGGUGUCGCUCGCGAAUCUAGCGAUAUAAAAAUAAACGCGUUAUGAGCCGCAUGAGCGAUGAGCAUGGGAAUUGAAUUCGCAGGGUUUGAUACACAAGUCGCAUUACUCCCUUGCACCCCGCAAACGAGCUGGUAUAACAGAUAUAUUAAGCCGCGGAGCGUGCAUCGUAACGAGAGGAAAAUAAAGUGACGCUAAGGGACGAGAGAGAUCCUUUCGUCACUCCUUUUCUUGGAAAAUGGUUCGUGAUUAAAAGGAGUAGCUAGUUAACAGUUGUGUACGAACGAUGCCAUUCGUUGGACUGUGCAACAUUCAUUCGUAAAGCCGGCUCCGAAGCUUUCUACCGCUGGCGGCGUUCGAGUGAAGAGGGUGUCGUCCAGUGACAAUGACCAUCGUAGCCAACUCCUCGCUCACGUACGAGAUUCUGAUGUAUCUUAAUUCCUUUUACUUCGGCAUGUUCGCCGUGUGCGAGCUGAGCAUGAGGAUAUUCAAGACCAUGAAUCUGCCGUCGCCGGGCGCAAGCAAGACCUUGACAGAAUUCGCGCUGCUGUUCUUCUUGAUACUCACGGAGAGCGGUAGAAUUUAUCUGGGAAGAAAGGGAAAUCUGACUGAACGUGGGCUACCGAUCCUCAUUGGGAUCUUCCUGACUGUUCCCAGUUCCCUGGCAACGGUCUACUUCCUGCUCUGGCAGGACUACGUACUCAAAUUGGAGGUGAUCCUUUGCAGCAUACAGUUGGUUUUACUGGCGUCCGAGGUGAUCAUUGCGAUCAUGUGCCUUAUAGCCAUCUACCGACCGUCAAUCCCUGGGAAAUAAUUAGCUGUUGCCGUUAUUAAUUGUAUUCUAGUCGCACCAUGACUUUUUCAUGUUCCAUACUUGUCACACUUAAAUAUAAUCUCUUUCAAGUGUCGUUGAUUCAUCAAAAUCAAAGUGCUUACUAGUGUUUUUGUCACACAAUAAGACUUCUCAGUGUGUACAAUUUUUAUUAUUAUAUUUCUACGUGUAAGAGACAACCCUAUAAAAGAGUACCACAUUAUUUUCUCAACAAUCUUAUGUAAAUUCAUGUAAAUCCUGCAUACUACUUUUGCUGCAAAUAUUUUUUAGUAAAAUAUAAAAGACUGGUAAUAAAAAAUUUGUAUGCUAUUUAUAUACGACUUCUACGCAAUUAAAAUUAUAACACUGCCAUUUAUAAAUUCUCACAUUUAAGCAUAAAUGUGUAACUGUGUCAUAAAGGACAAAAGGGACUGUAUGUAAAGUAUGUAAUGCUAUAUUCCUAUUUCUAUAUUGGACGUAAUUAUUUAUGGUAAGAAAUUUGCACAUAUGUUUGUUGUGUAUAUGCAUUUUUAUCAAAAUAAAUAUUUUUCAAAUAAAUA